GGACUCGGACUGGCGCUCGGGGGCCGGCGCCCGCGCUGGAAUCACGUUUCUUCCGGGCGGGUGGCUGGCCUCGCAGCCUGCGGCCCUUGCCCCCCGUUCAUCCAAAAAGACGGGCUUUGUGCCUCUUUUGGCUCUUGAUUCGACGACGCUGGCCCUGUGGGAACACCGACUCCAGUUCAUCCACAACCGGGCUUCCUAAGAAGAAAGGUAACGCAGGCUGUUCUGCUGCCAACAUGUUUUCGGCCCAGCGGAGACUCUGCUCCCUUAACAGUACAGCAAAAUUCCUGACAAUUAAUUCUUCAAAAAUCCUUGGACUCCCUACUUCUGCUAAGAUGUCUUUGAAAAUCACCAAUGCAAAACGAAUCGAAGGCCUUGAUAGAAAUGUGUGGAUUGAAUUUACAAAGUUGGCUGCAGACCCCUCUGUUGUGAAUCUUGGUCAAGGCCUUCCAGAUAUAUCCCCUCCCAUAUAUGUAAAGGAGAAAUUAUCAAAGAUUGCAGCAAUUGAUAGCCUGAACCAGUAUACACGAGGCUUCGGUCAUCCAUCACUUGUGAAAGCUCUAGCCUGCUUAUAUGAAAAAUUUUAUCAAAAUCAAAUCAAUCCAAAUAAAGAAAUCCUUGUGACAGUAGGAGCAUAUGGAUUUCUUUUUAAUGCCAUUCAAGGAUUAAUUGAUGAGGGAGAUGAAGUCAUAAUAAUAAUGCCUUUCUAUGACUGCUAUGAGCCCAUGGUGAGAAUGGCUGGAGCAACACCUGUUUUUAUUCCCCUAAGAUCUAAACCUGUCAACGGGAAAAAAUGGUCUAGUUCUGACUGGACAUUGGAUCCUCAAGAACUGGCAAGUAAAUUUAAUUCUAAAACCAAAGCUAUUAUACUGAAUACUCCACAUAACCCCAUUGGCAAGGUAUAUACCAAAGAGGAACUCCAAGUAAUUGCUGACCUUUGCAUCAAAUAUGACACACUCUGCAUCAGUGAUGAGGUUUAUGAAUGGCUUGUAUAUACUGGAAAUACGCAUUUAAAAAUAGCUACGUUUCCAGGUAUGUGGGAGAGAACAAUAACAAUAGGAAGUGCUGGAAAGACUUUCAGUGUAACUGGCUGGAAGCUUGGCUGGUCCAUUGGUCCUCAUCAUCUGAUAAAACAUUUACAGACGGUCCAACAAAACACCAUUUAUACCUGUGCGACGCCUUUACAGGAAGCCUUGGCUCAAGCUUUUUGGAUUGACAUCAAGCGCAUGGAUGACCCAGAGUGUUACUUCAAUUCUUUGCCAAAAGAGUUAGAAGUAAAAAGAGAUCGGAUGAUACAUUUACUUGAAAAUCUUGGCCUAAAGCCCAUAGUUCCUGAUGGGGGAUACUUCAUCAUUGCUGAUGUGUCUUUGCUAGAUGCAGACCUCUCUGGUAUGAAGGACAGUAAUGAACCAUAUGACUAUAAAUUUGUGAAAUGGAUGACUAAAAAUAAGAAACUGUCAGCCAUUCCAGUUUCAGCAUUCUGUAACACAGAGACCAAACUACAGUUUGAGAAGUUUGUGCGGUUUUGCUUCAUAAAAAAAGACAGUACACUGGAUGCUGCUGAAGAAAUAAUUAAGGCAUGGACUGGACAGAAGUUUUGAUCCAAGCAGAAGUUGAAAUGUAUGCAAACACCUUCCGGUACCAUUUUACCUCAGGCAGAGUAGCAUCGUGGAUAAGAACUGUGAGAUGCUGGUUGAUGCUUUACCUCUCAAUGCUUCAGUUCCCUCAUCAAAAAAAGGGAAUAAAA